AAGUCAACUGUAGCCAUGGUGCCGUUUAAGAAAAGAAGAAUACAACUGCAUGCUGCCAAUAGCGGCGACGGAACCAUUAAGUUCCCGCAGGUGGUUAUCUUUCUCCUGGAGAGAAAGAUGGGAGCGAGUCGAAAAUCCUUCCUCACUCAGCUUGGUCGUGGCAAAGGUUUCCUUGUGGAGGAGUCAUUUAACCAGUCUGUCACACACGUUGUAUCCGAGAACAAUUCUGGAGACGAGGCUCGCACUUGGCUGAAUUCUCAAUUAUCUGAACAGUCGGGAGUUGAGAAGAAUUCAGCGAAAGAAGAAAUCCAUGUCCUGGACAUCAGCUGGUACACAGAGAGCAUGCGGGUGGGUUGCCCAGUGGUCAUCAUGGACAGACAUAGGCUUCAGGAGACCCAGCAAUGUGGACCAGAACUUACAGAAUUUUCAGUUCCCAGCUAUGCCUGCCAGAGAUGCACCCCUCUUAUGGGCCACAACUCCAGGCUCACGGAUGCGCUGUCCAUCCUGGCUGACAGUGCCGAGUUCAGUGAGAAUGAAGGGCGUAACGUGGCAUUCAGGAGGGCAGCAGCGGUGUUGAAGUCCCUUCCCCAGCCAGUGACUAGACUGAAGCAACUCCAAGGCCUGCCCUGUCUUGGGGAGCACUCGCUCAGAGUCAUAAAAGAUCUAGAAGGUCCUAUCUGUCUCUGUCCACAGGAAAUCCUGGUGGAAGGUGUGUCCCUUGAAGUGGAGACUACAAAGCAUUCAAAGCAGUAUACGGUUAUGAAGAUCCUCACAGGCAUAUUUGGUGUUGGAGUGAAAACUGCAGAUCGCUGGUUCAGAGAAGGAAUACACACACUCUCAGAACUGCGGAAGUCAGGACAUGCACUCAACCGAGCACAACAAGCUGGUCUUCAGCAUUAUGAAGAUCUCAAUUUGCCAGUUACCAAAACAGAGGCUGAUAUAAUUGGUCAUAUUGUGAAAAAGGCAGUCAAUGCUGUGCUGGAAGGUGCCGAGAUCACUCUGAUUGGAGGAUUCAGGAGGGGAAAACAGACUGGCCAUGAUGUUGAUUUCCUGAUCACCCACCCAGAGGAGGGCAGAGAAGAGGGUCUAAUGCCAAAAGUAGUUUCCUGGUUGGAAUCACAGGGUUACCUAUUGUACCAGAAGACCACUAGGAACUCCUAUCUCGAAGCUAAAGAGGGUCCUGGACAGCCAUCCUCUAACAUGGACCGCUUUGAGAGGUGCUUCUUAAUUUUCAGACUGCCCGUGGAUAUGGAUGAGGGGAAGGUGCAGAUGGAGAGACUCAUAGGACUACAAACACAGACAGAGAAUUGCACACAAACAAACAGGUGCCCUCCAGUCGAUGGGGAGACAGAGACUCAUACUCACCCAAUCGUGGAUGCUUCGACCCAGAAGAGAAUUCCAGUGUUGGAGCCGACACAAGGCUCUAGGAACCAACCCUGGAGAGCAGUGAGGGUGGAUCUUGUGGUCUCUCCUCACAGCCAGUUUGCAUUUGCCCUGUUGGGCUGGACAGGGUCCAAGUUGUUUGAGAGAGACUUACGUCGCUGGGCCAAACAGGAGAAGGCCAUGUCUCUAAGCAGCCAUGCUUUGUAUAACAGCAUACAGAGGACAUAUCUGAGGGCAAAUUCGGAAGAGGAAAUCUUUGCUCAUCUGGGUCUUGAAUACAUUCCCCCCAGUGAAAGAAAUGCAUGAAUUGUAUGCCAUAUAUCAGCUAUCUCUCGUUUACUCAUUCCAAUGUACCAAGGGUGCCUCAACCACACAAGUUAAUCUUAGCGGCAUUAGUAAUCUUCGAAAAAACCUGUCACUUCUUCAGACUGUUGCCGUGGAUAUUUGUAAAUGUUAGUAUUCAGCCCUGCUUGAAACUGUAUACUAUUAGGAUAUAACGUUGAUUAAUUUGCCUUGCAUUCCAUUUAUUCCAGAAAUAUUUGGCAGUGUAUUUGUUUAUUUGCACUACAAAUUAAGUAUUUUAAUAAAUGUAUCUUAUUUGAUGUGUAAUUGGGUCUGUAAGAUGUAAGCUCAUGAAUGUGUAAGGCAAUGUUACAUGAAAUGAGUGUUGCAUUCGGACUGUUGUCCUACUUGCACAGCUGCUCGCAUGUGUAACAGCCACUGUUCUAGAAUGAUGUGGAAGUUUCCGUACAUAACACCAAACUGACACUGUGACCUCAAUUCAUGAUGCAUAGGUUUUGUUUAAAUUGUGUUACUAAGUACUGUCAGAGCAGGUGUAAGACAAAGUGACCGUAAUACAUUACAGUGAAGGUGAAUAAAGAAGUACAAAUAUUUUAAAUUGA